UGUCUGGAGUAAUCCUCAUGACUUGUUCAAAAGAAUAAGGUUUUCUCGCUCUAUCCUCUUCUAAUGGAUCUUCAACCCUCCAAUGAAUCUCAGAAGCCCCAAGGUUUCCCCUUUUCCAUUUUUACCAGAAGAGACCUUCGUUAUCCGCUCUCUUUCUUUGGUGUCCUCGUCUGUUCCAUCGCUAUUCUCAAUCUUUUCACCCCAUUUGACUCGCAUGUUAUAUCUCGUUUGGGUUCCGUAUAUUCCCAAAUCCUACCAGACAUCCACAAAUCAUCAUCAUCCUCUGGCACUUGUGACUACUCCUAUGGAAGAUGGGUCCGAGACAAGAAUCAUGCACUUCAGUUGUACAGUGAGAGCUGCCCGUUUCUCGAUCCUGGCUUUCGGUGCAGCCAGAGUGGUCGGAAAGACGAAGAUUAUCGUCAAUGGCGAUGGCAACCGGCCGGCUGUGAUCUUUUGAGGUUUAACGCAAGCGACUUCUUGGAGAGAAGUCGAAAUGGACGAAUAGUGUUUGCUGGCGACUCGAUCGGAAGGAACCAGUGGGAAUCUUUGCUGUGCAUGCUUGCAGAAGCAGUAUCCAACAAGUCUAGAAUCUAUGAAGUAAAUGGGAACCCCAUUACAAAACACACAGGUUUUCUAUCAAUGCGAUUCCAGGACUACAACCUCACAGUUGAAUAUUACAGGGCACCCUUCCUUGUGGUCGUAGGGCACCCAACACAAAAUGCAUCAAGCCAAGUCAGGAUCACAGUUAAGGUCGACCAAUUCCACUGGUUUUCCAAACAUUGGGUUGGAGCAGAUGUUCUGAUUUUCAGUGCAGGGCACUGGUGGAACGAGGAUAAAACAGUAAGGAUAGGUCACUACUUUGAGGAAGCCGGUAAAGUGAAUUUGACAAUGGAUGUGAUGGAGGCAUUCAGGAGGUCGUUGAAAACCUGGAAGGCUUGGGUACUAAAGAAUUUAGAUCCUCAAAGGACUCAUGUUUUCUUCCGUAGCUACUCCCCGGUACAUUACAGGAAUGGCACAUGGAAUGAAGGCGGCCUGUGUGAUACCUUUACGGAGCCAGAAAGUUCUCAUCUUGAACCUGACCCAGUGAAUAAUCUAUACAUAUCUGAGGCAAUCAAACAGAUGGAAUAUGAAAACUGGAAGGUCCAGUUCUUAAACAUCACUUAUCUAACAGAGUUCAGGUAUGAUGGUCACCCUUCAAAGUAUCGUGAACCAGGGACUCCAGCGGAUGCUCCACAAGACUGCAGCCACUGGUGCCUACCUGGAGUGCCUGACACAUGGAAUCAACUUAUUUAUGGAAAUCUACAGGCAAAAGGAUUCAGAACCAAGUAAAACAAAAGAUGUCAUACCAAGAAUUUGAAAAUUUAU